AUGGGUCUUCGCAGUCGCACGAUUGGUAUGUCGUCCAAGUCCUCUAAUGUUUACACACACUUAUUUCAGCCCCGCCAGGACUACGGAGCAGGGUUUUCAGUGGCGAUAGCGCUCUUCUCGACUCCACUUGAUGUUCGCGAAGAACACCUUGCCUCCAUCCCAUUCUACUCCCAGCUUGCUCGAGAUUCUCCCCCUCGUUGCAUCCGAUGCAGGGUUCGCAGACACCCAUGGGCUCAUGUUCAGCCACGGUCAGCUCGUUCCCUGCCGCCCGGUGUGCCCUAUCUCAUCCCUGGCACCUUGGCCAGCCUGACCAUGACCAAGCUGUUGCUCUUACGCUAUCCGCCUGCUCGCGUAAACCGGCAAGCCGAGUUGAGCAAGCUCACACCCAGCACCAAGCUCGCCCCCUGUAAACACGUGUUCGGCCACGGCCAAUUCAGGCUCUUGACACCCGCAGCACCCUCUGUCCCCCGGUCUCCUUGCGCUGCCCAUUGAUGGCUGGGCUUGGAUAGACCCCUCGCUCCCUUUUCUGCCGUCUGAACAUGCGAAUCGGGUUUGCAGUUCGCUUUCAGUGACCCAGGAGAGCAUUCUUACAUGCGAGGCGCAAAAGUGUCUAUCAAUGCACCCCUGCACGGAACGCAUUCGGGGACGCAUCAUCGGUGACCAUCCUGGGAGCAGGCCUUUUAUAACGGUAAAAGGAGGCUGACGCGAGACUUAAGACUCGCACUGGCGGGACGCUGGGUUCGUCGCUCACGCUCGCGUCUCGCCAGAGUUUCCCCAGCUUCGAGCCUCACAUCUCUAUAACUACAUCUAUACUUAUCUCUGUUAUACUAUGAUUUAUCUACUAUUUUACUUGCCAC